AUGGAACUUGGCGAGGCAUCCACAGCUGACGGCUAUUAUGAUCGAAUCAAGGCUAUUUGUGGACAAAUCAGGGUCAUUCUACUCGAAUUAGCAUCACUGUCUGAUCAAUCAGAUAUAUUAACAAUGCUAACUAAAUUACCACCAUUGUCAGCUAAUGAGUCUGCAUCAAAAAUUCAAGCUGCAUUUCGUCAUCAUCAAGCUCAACUUAAAUUAAAAAAUCAAGUAGCAUGGCAAAUACAUGAAAAACUUGAAUAUUCUAGUGAACAAACUGAAGCCAAACUUAAAGAUAUGUUUGAAAAACUACUUAAAUCAUCUGAUUUACUUUCACCAUCUGUUGCAAAAUUACUUCAACAAGCAGGAUUACCUGUAGAAGAAAAAGAACUUUUAAGACUAACAAAUCCUGCUAGUAUUUCUGUUCAAGCUAGUUAUCAAGGACCACGUAUCGAAGGUCCAAUAACAAGAAAGACAUUUGUAGAUUUGAUUGAAGCUUUUCAAUAUGGACAAGUAAGUGAGAGAAAGCACUCAACACAAGCUGAAGAAGAUUAUGAUAUACAAUACGAUGAAAUACUUUAA